AUGCGGGACGGGGGCCCGCGGCAGAGCGCCAGCGAGCGGGAGAAGCUGCGGAUGCGGCGGCUGGCGCAGGCGCUGCUGCGGCUGCGGCACUACCUGCCGCCCGCGCUGGCGCCCGCGGGGCAGAGCCUCACCAAGAUCGAGACCCUGCGCCUCGCCAUCCGCUACAUCGCCCACCUCUCAGCCCUGCUGGGGCUCAGCGAGGAGGCGCUGGCCCGGCGGCGGGGGGCGGCCCCCCGGCACUGCCCCCUCUGCCCCCAGGGCCUGGGGUGCUGCCAGCCCCCAGACCCCCGCCUGCACCCACCGACCCCGGCCCCGCAGGAUGCUUCGCCACCUGGCACUGUGGGCUGGGGGUCACCUCCCAUGGUGGGGACCCCCCCGGAGCUGCACGGGGCUCCCGGCAUGGGGACGGGAGCCUGGGGGUCGCCCCCCUAUGGCCCUGCUGCGGGGACUUCCCCAGAGGUGCUUGGGGUUCCUGACAUGGGGACGGGGGCCUGGGGGUCGCCCUGCUACAUCCCUGUGACAGGGACCCCCCCGGAGCUGCACAGGACCCCUGGCUCCAUCUCGGGGUCCUGGUCAUCACCGCUGUGCAGCCUUGGAGCAGUGACCCCCCUGGAGCCCCCCCAGAGAUGCACCACGGCCAUGGGCACCGGGAUGGCUUCCUCCUGCUGCUUGGAGCCUGCAGCCCCCUUCCAGCCUCGCGGGGCAGGACUGACGGACACAGGGCCCCCUGGGACCCCCGCGCAUGGCUCCCAGCUGCCUGCACACCACCAGGGAUCUGGGUAUCCCACAGGGGACAGUCCCCGGGGGGCCGACUGCCGGCACCCCCUCCUGCCCGGCAUGGCCACCCGGCUGCCUCGGGGAAGCCACGGCUGCCUCCUGCCCUGA